UGCCGUUUUCUCUCUUUAUUGUGUUAGGUUAGCUCACACCAUCCAUCGUCGGAGCUCAACCGAUUUGUAUAUUGCUCCCGGAGAUACUAGCGGAAGAGGAGCAUUAGGCGCCGGCGGCGCGUUGAGGAUUGCCGAAUACUCAAGAGUUCGAUAUUGUGCCUUCUCAAGCGAGGAAAGAGAAAGGGUUUUAGACAUUCUUGGCUCCUGAUACCUCUUAUCGUCAACCAAAAGUCUUGCAGGAAGAAAUGGAUCCUGGUCGCUAUGGUCUUCAGCAAGGAUGGGAUAAUAACAGCGUAAUUGCGGUUUUUCUCCUUUAUAAUCACCUCUAUGGGAUGAUAAUACAAGAAAUUUUUAGGGAUCUUGUCAUUGUCCAAUUUUUUUUGGGCAUCUCAUCCUUAAGAAAAAUGAUAGAGCCGUUGGCAGUGAGGAUAUGGACUGGAUUUUGCCUACCUCCUAACACGAUUGAAUUUGUUGCUGACAUUAGCUUAUCUCUUGAAUCCACAGGCUGUUGAGGGUUAUGGUGCUGUGCACGAGCCAAACUUGCGGUGAGUGCUGAGAGAUGCUAGUCACCAUCCCAAGUAUUAUUUAGUCCUCAAGGAUAAAAGGGUUUGAAAAUUGUGUGGCCUUUACUUUUCUGUUCACUUGUUAGUACAUGAGUUUGCAAACAAUUGUAUAACUAUGAGGAUUUUGAAUAUUUGUCUUGAUCCAAUAUUGCUGGUUAUGGUUAUUUCCAUAAGAAAACAAAUAUAUUUCUUUACUUUUUGUAUUGAGUUCAUGAUGCCAUGUUCUAUCUUUUUCUUCCAUAUUGGAUGUAUGGAUGUAUGUUACUAUGGCAGGAUUGGUGGUUCAUAUGAUGAAAGGAGGUUUCUAGAUGAAAGGUACUCAAGAGAUACUGUCUAUGCAAGAAAUUCUUAUUACCGGGAUCCUUCAGGGAGGGAGAAGUACCCUCCUCCACCUGCUGCUGGUCUUUGGCCUCAAUCAAGAAGGAGAAGCUAUGAGGAAGACUAUCCCUUUGAUCGGGAUUCCCGGCGGCAUCAAAAGCCUUACAUUGACUCACAUAACAAUGUGGAUACUUUUCGUGAUCAUGACAUGGAUUCAUUUCAAGAUGCCAGUAAGUUUCGAGAUGGUUAUAAUGGUGGUGACAAUUAUCGAGAUCAUGAAUUUGACAGGCCCUCAAGGAUUGGGGGACGUGAUCGGGAUGACUAUGGAUGUGACGAUUAUGACUAUAGGCCCCGAAUGUCUCAUCAAAACAGGGAGGAUAGCCAUGAGAGGGAUUAUGAACAUGGUCGACAUGGUCAUGAUUCUCAUUAUGACAGGGCCAGUUGGAGGAGGCAUGAAUCGCGUGAAAGGGACUGUGACAAGAGAAGUUGGAGUCGAGAAAGAGAUCAGAGUCCACAUAGAAGGCGUGAGCGGUCCCAGUCUCGUGGACAUGACAAUCGCUCUAUAUCAAGGUCUCCUCGAGGUAGAAGCCAUGGCCGAAGCUAUCGAGAGGAUAGCUAUGAAGAUGGACGAAAUGAGAGAACUGAGAAGCGAAGGGACCAUGAGGACAAAUAUAUCCGUGACCAUUAUUCUGUGGUGCCAUCGGCCACAGUUGUAGUAAAGGGCCUCUCACAGAAAACAACUGAAGAAGAUUUAUAUCAGAUCCUUGCUGAAUGGGGACCACUACGUCAUGUCCGUGUGAUCAAGGAGCGAAACUCUGGCAUCUCUCGUGGAUUUGCCUUUGUUGAUUUUCCUUCUUUGGGGGCAGCACGUGCAAUGAUGGACCAGAUUGGGGAUGAUGGCCUUAUUGUGGAUGGUAGGAAGCUUUUCUUUGAGUACAGUAGUAAGCCAACUGGGGGAUCUGGUACACCUUUUGGUCAAGAGAGUAGUGGAAAAUCAGGUCAUGCUAGCCAUAAGAGCAUGACAAUGCCUUCUGAUUGGAUGUGUACCAUCUGUAGUUGUGUCAAUUUUGCACGACGAACAUCCUGCUUUCAGUGUAAUGAGCCACGGGCUGAUGAUGCUCCAGCAGCAGAUAUGUCUUUAUCAAAUCUGGCAUCAUUGGGAAAGAAAGGAUCAGAGUCAGGUCCAACACAUGUUUUGGUUGUUCGUGGAUUGGAUGAAAAUGCUGAUGAGGACAUGCUCCGAUAUGAAUUUUCUAAACAUGCUCCAAUAAAGGAUCUACGUCUUGUUAGAGACAAGUUCACCCAUGUUUCAAGGGGAUUUGCUUUUGUACAUUUCCAUUCGGUUGAGGACGCUACCAAAGCUCUUGAAGCAACAAAUGGAACAACACUUGAGAAGAAUGGGCAGAUCCUAAGAGUAGCCUAUGCAAAGAGCAUACUUGGGCCAGGAUCAGGGACAUCAGGACCUUCACAGUCAAGCAGUCUGGCAGCUGCUGCUAUCGAGGCAGCAGCAUUUGCUCAACAGUAUGAUGCUGUUGGAUGGGCACCAAAGGAAUAUAAUGCCGAAGACAAACAGUCUGCUGGGAAGCAGGAACAGGGUAGUGGGGCAGUUACCAUUCAACAAGAUGGUUCAACUAUGCAAUCUGGUUUUGUCUGGGAUGAAGCGUCUGGUUAUUAUUAUGAUUCUGCUUCUGGGUUUUACUAUGAUGGAAAUUCAGGACUUUAUUAUGAUGGUAACAAUGGGAUUUGGUAUUCAUAUGAUCAUCAAAAUGAACAGUACAUCCCCUGCACCGAUCAGAAUGACAACAAAGUUAUCAUUAAACAAUCUGAGUCUUCAAAGGCAGUUGAAGGUUCCAACAAUAGGAAAGUAGUAAUCUCCGCUCCAGCUGCCACUGUUGCAUCAGUUGAGAGGGCUGCCUCACUACCAGAUGCAGUCCAGGCUGCUGCAACAGCGGCAAUAGCUGCAGAAAAGAGAGAGAAGGAGAAAGCAAAAGAGAUAAAACUCGCUUCAAAGAGCAGUAUACUUGCUAAUAAGAAAAAAAUGAAUAAUGUAUUGUCAAUGUGGAAACAGAGGAGUCAUGAAGGACAGGCAACACGUUUGGCCCUCGAUGACGAUCCAAACUCUUCUUUGGCUGAUGAUAAGCCUUUUUCAGUUGGACAAUACACAAAGAGCAAGUCUAAAUCUAAUGUGACGAUGCCAAAGGACUAUGUUAAGUCAAGUUUUGGAGUUGAUACCACACAAAAUAUGUCGGCUGUUGUUUUGGAGUCUACCGUGCCAAGGCCUAUAAGUAACAGCUCAGGAGGAACUCUAAUGGGAGUCAUAAGGGAUUCCACUAGAGGUCUGGGGCAAUCCAAUGUGUCUUAUUCUGGUUCAUCUGCUGGGGUUUCCACAACUGCUGCUGCAAAUCCCAUGGGUUCAUCAUUAUCAACUAAUUUGGAAACACCUACAGUUGGAACUCCCUACAGAACAGAUGCAUCUGCAUUGGGUUCUUAUGCUCCGUCUGUAGCUCCUGGGAGUGGCAAAAGAAGGUUUUCUGAAACGCCACUACUCUCUAAGGAGCAGCCCCAGACUACUUAUAGAGAUCGUGCAGCAGAGAGGAGGAGCUUAUAUGGCUCGUCAUCCUCCAUUGGUGAUAAUCUGUCUGACCUUGAGCUCGGGAAUUCAAAUCAAGAUUCUGCGUUCAAAAAGAUUUCUUCUGAUCCAAUGCCUUUUCCUCCGGGUGUUGGGGGUGGACAUGGAGUCACGUCAGAUGAUGUUCAGAGUUAUGAAGUGAUCACUGCAGACAAGGCAAUUGAUGAGAAGAAUGUGGGCAACCGAAUGCUUCGCAGUAUGGGUUGGCAAGAAGGCUUGGUACCAUUUCCCUCUUAUGCUCUUCUAGCUGUUAAAUUUUGGUCACAUUCUUCUAUUUAUAUAAAUUGCUAAAGUAUGCCUCUCCUGGCGAGGAGCAGCAACUCAAUAACUCAAUGUUCAUAUUUUUUUUCUAAUUCCCUGUUGUGUUUGUGUCAAGUCUCACCUUCUCUGAUCUUUUACCCAGUUGGUCAGACUUUUUGCAUUCAAUCAUAGGAAGGUUUUAUAGUCCCAUACCUCUUUAACUGGAGAUACUUGCAUUGUUAUAACUGUAAAAGAAAAUCUUCAGUAUUGAUUGUGUAAUUCUGAGUAGCAUCUUCAUCAUCUGUUUUCUCCCUUUACCAGAGCAUGUUGUUAGGUACAUUUGGCAGUCCAAAUGGGAGUGUCUUGGUUGCUAGUUGUGUAGUUUGAAGCAUCAUUCUAACUAUUUUGAAUCUGGGGAUUGCCUUCUCUUUUUUUGGCACUUGAUAUGGAUACUUAGGGAUUGGGGAAGGAUGGAAGUGGAAUGGUGGAACCAGUUCAAGCCCAAGCCAUUGACAGUAGAGCAGGACUUGGAAGACAGCAAAAGAAGGUGGUGGAUCCAAGCCUUGAGGUGCAGGCUGGAGAUAGUUACAAGACAGUCAUCCAGAAAAAGGCACUUGCUAGGUUCAGAGAGAUGUCAUAGGUGAAAAACAGAGAUGUAGUUAAGCUAAAAGAAAGGCUGGGCAAAUUGUGUUGUUUAUAAAAGCAUUUAGUUAAAGAAUUAUUCUAUUGAGCUUUCUUGCAAUUGCCAUUUCAUUCAAUAGUAUUUCUUUUUUGGGCCAUUACCAUCUGCUGGAAAUAUACAGGUUUUAAAUUA